CUCAGGUAGCGGUGGCGGUGUAUUUGAGCCCGGGCCCAUCGCUGCAGUCGAGUAAUAAGUACUGGUAGUCGCUGAAGCGAAAACUAAGUCCUUUCAUGUUUUUUCACUAUAAUUUCUUCUUCUCAGCGCACAGCUUAUGUGACAGUGAAAUUUUCAAGAAGGUGCGAGUUACGUCAUUUGUAGUACUUCGUCCUGGCUAGCACCGCUCCGAAACACUCGGGCGAUCUCCCCCCGUUCAGUGGUGUGGUUUUUCUCUUAUCGCCAACGCCUUCUUUUCUUGUCCUGCCCUAGCUAGGUGCAAGGCAAGGACAGACCCGGGUGUUCAGGGUACGUAGCCUACCUCUAUUGUGCCCGUCUGGGUUGCUCUGUGUGGAACAGGGCGGUGGUGGUGCUUACACUUUGCACGGAUCACGUAUUUUUCAGAGGACUAUUCUUCGAAAAAGAAUGUUCGCCUGACAGGAAGAUACGGUUUGCCGUUUUCUCUUUUGAAAAGUAUAUAUAACAAUUGACGAAAUAUAUAAACUGUAAAAGCACUGAGUUGCCUCCAGAGUGAAUAGGUGUAUGAAGUUUCAGAGACUCAAGACUAUAUAUGCAAUAUGUAAUGAUAAUCAGUUAAACUCAGUGAGUCAUUUAUACUUAGUCUGCCAGGAAGAAUUUAAGAGUCGUUUCUGAAGAAAAAAAAACCCGUGCCUAUCAGUGUGGAAAACAUAGCAGAUGUCGAUCGGUUCUUUGUUGUUCUUUGAAAAAUCUUCAACAACCCCAAGGAUAGAGAGAAGAAGGUCAAGAUGGAUAAAAACACGAGAACGUUUUGGACAUUCCUGGUCGUCUGUCUGCUGUCGUGUAUCCCGGGCAGCUGAACAGAAAUGAGGAGAAGACGCUCCCCAAAGGUUACCCAAACGGCACCCUGUCCAACGGCGUUUACCGCGGAGAUGACCCAAGGAUGGUGUACUCACCUCACGAAGAUGGCCGAAACAAUUCUGCCUCUCCACGGGCUAAGUCCUAUACACAGCACGCAGCUGCCCCCAGACAGAGGCCCCCUGUGGUCUUUUACACCAUUAGAGCAGACCCUCGGGUCCCUCAAGUGCCCCCAGAUGCUAUCCCUAUAGCACCUCCCCAUCCGUAUAGAGGUCCACCUCCUGUUGGAAGGCCGGUCAUGUUCUUGGAUUUCUUCAACGGCGGUUCUCGGAUGCCGAACGGGCAACCCGGACAGUUAAUGUAUCCUAACGGAGGAACAAUGCUUUACUACGAGUUCCCAUCGGCAUCGCAAGUCGGAAAGGAAACACAAGUCCAGAAGCAAGUCCCGUUCGAGGUCACGCGACCCACACGACAAGCGUCAUAGCAGCCGACGUCAGACGCAUAGCGAUCCAGAAGACCUGACGGUCCGACCGUUUGAAGGUGACGUCAUCCUGACCACACGACAAGAUGACGACAUCAAGAAGUACUCUCGCGCCACAGAGCGACGAUCCACUCGGAGAAGUGACGACAACAACAACAACCCCCUGCAGCUGUACUUCGACAACGGUGGGCUGGAUUUGGGCCCGCAAGAUGAUUUUAACAACGCGAACAGUAAUGAUAAUAACAAUAAUAAUGAUGACAACAUUGAUAAGGUAUACAGUGAAGUCGUGGGGGAUGGUUUUGUUCGAGCUGAACAGAAGUUCGUGUCGGAGGGAGGCCGAUAUUCUGUGACACAAGUCCAAACUUCGAGCGUUGAGUUUGGGUCCCCGCCCACCUCCACUAUAAAUCACACAAUCCUGCAGGAGAAAGAGCAGACGAUAGGAUUUGAUGAUGAAGACGGUGACUCCAUCCCAGAUCCAACUCCUCGAAUUGAUUACAGCAGGCAGACGUCAGAAGUUGGGGGAUUCUCUUACCCCGAACCAUCUCGCGUAGUAAUUUCAGACGGCUUGUCCCGGAGCAUCUCUCCGAGUCCAUUACACUACAUGGGCUCCGCGGAACCGACACCAAGACCCGAUUACCUGACCGGAGACACACAGUUCCCGGCCACAACCGAACCUGUAGACGGGGGUAUCGAUGACAUCAUCGCUCUGGGCAAUGUGACUGUGGAGACAACUGAGGUCAAGGAGGUCGUUGAAGAGCAAGAAUUCAUCAGUCAUCACCGACAAGAUCCGACUCUUGACAGACCCCCCACUCCCCCGUUUGAUGGCGGAGAAAGCCCACGUGAUUCUGUGUACCCGCCUCGCGGAGAUCCGAUUGUUCAUCACGCGCACGCAGAGAUUGUCACUUCCUCUUUUAGUGACGUCACAGCCCGCAUCCCGACUCCGCCUCCGGACAUGACGAUGGAGGAAAUCUUACCCAAUCAGGACGACGCGGAGAGAAGAUUGAGUCAGCUUGUCGGGCGACCUUCACCUCCGCCUUCACCACCUCUGGAUAAUUUUGGUGGUCGCACUGCCUCCUGGCGCCCUCCAACACCCCCUCCCGGGAGAAUCAUUCCGAACCCGGACAUAAAUAUCGACGAUAUUCUGAAACUUGGCAACCAGCCUUUGUCUACACCGCAACCGAGCGAACCUUUCGCAGAAUCCAACAAACGAUCCCCACACGGAAGUCAAGGACGAGAGAGCGGCUUGCCCUUCAUGGCGGAGCUUCGGAAAAGACAACAGUCUAUUGACGACGGAGACCUGCCCUUUGCAGCGUCAGAACCUGCGCCUCCUCAGCCCUCAACCAGCAGAGGUGUAGGGCUUGACUCCGAUCCCAACUAUAUCUACAGAAGAGUUAUUGUCAACGAGGAUAGAAAAGACAGUUACGGCUAUCGUCAGUCCACUGUGCAGUUUGCUCAAGCCCCUCCUGAGAUCAUUCCCUUUGGAGAAGAUCCGGACAGCCCAACCACCCCCAGAGACUACAGUGGGGGCCCAGCAUUUUCUGCAGCUUCCCCACCACCUCCCCCUCCGCCCCCCCCUCCCCCACUCCCACCGAAUAUGAAAUUUUAAUAUGUUAAAUGCUGUAAUUCAUUCACAAGUUUAUGAUCUGAUUUGAUAUUUUCGUGUGGUUUUGAUGGUAAGGAUGGACUUGGAUCGCUUUUGGUGAAAAUGGUGAAAUGGUAUGGAUUUAACACCCCUAUCAACACUAUUAGAUCAUUUAAGGGGCGGGACCUCCUAGUUUAACGUCCGUCUCGGAUCGCUUUUGUCAGAAAAAUGUCUUGUCUAUUGAAAACGGCACUCUGUGCUGAAGAAAAAAAAGAAGAAUUUUCAUAUUGAUGCGAUUGUUUACAGCCUUUAUAAAACAUAUCUUCAGAUCUGAUGAUGAUUUGCUAUAAUAUUAUUACACUGUGUGUUUGCCUGUGUGUGUUUCACGUCCUAUCUCCAUUACUGCAAGUAGGCCUAUAUAAGCUUACCUUAACAUUAUUGGAAAGUUUCAAAUCUCACGGUGUUGAACAAGGGAGGUAAACCAAUAUAUCAAAACGAAAUGGAACAACACCAAAGCAAUUUAAGAUCAUCUCACUUCGUCUGAAUAAUAAAACUUGUAAACAGAUAAGUAAUUUUUAAAGCAAAAAUCAUAUGUAUUAUAUUAGUGUGAUAUACCAGCUCAUUUGCUGGAAAGGUAUGAAGCAGAUCAUAUCUACGGUUGUGAAAACCGAUAGCGCCUGCUUUCGUAUAUAAAUUAAUUUUUCAGAUUCGCUUUUCCGGAGAAUAGACACGAAUUUUGCAUUGACAUAUUAUAACUUGACACAGGAAAGUUGGGAACGGCUUUGGUUGAGAAGAGGGAAGUGGUGAAAUGGGGUCCGGGCAAAGAGGAAUGGGGCUGAGAGGAGGGAAUAAUUGAAGAGGGAUGGGUGGAGAGGGAAGCGCGGUUUUGGCGAAGGACGUAGGGGAUUGGGGUUAAAGGAAAGGGGAGAUAGGGGAAGAAGAAG